AUGACUGACGUUGAGAUGGCUGAUACCGCCGUGGCUGCGGCCACCACCAAGGGCGAGAGACUCCCCAUCACCGUCUCCAAGCCAACACCCUACACAUUCGACCUCGGCCACCUCCUAGCCGACGACCCCAACCCUCUUGAACUCCCAGCAAACCAAAACCUAAACGCAAGCCUGAAAGCCACAGCCCGCGACGGCACCCAAUGCCUCCUAAACCAACUUCUGACAACCUGCCCAAUCACCUCAAGUGUGAAAGACGGCGUGCUCCUCACCCUGCCAGCACCAAACAUCAUGCUUCCCCGGCACAAGCCCCUGCCAACACCGAAGGCGCCCACGAAAUGGGAGCUGUUCGCGCGCAAGAAGGGCAUCGGCAAAUACAACCAGAAGCCCGGCGCAGCAGGCAUGGACAAGGAGCGCCGCCGCAAGCUGCAGUACGACGAGGAGAGCGGCGAGUGGGUCCCCCGCUGGGGAUACAAGGGCAAGAACAAGGACGACGAGAACCAGUGGCUUGUUGAGGUUGAUGAGAAGAAGUGGAAGAAGGAGGAGGAUGCUGCUGCUAAGGGUGGUUCUAUUCGUGGUAUGUCGCGUACUGAGCGCAAGGAGAGGAUUAGACGCAAUGAGCGCAAGAUGCGGUCUAAUGAGAAGAGGUCGAAUAAGAAAUAA